AUGGACUCAUCUAAAGUGAUUUCAUUCAACCAACAUGUUGUUUUAGAAUUACCAUCUGGUAAUUUAAAGAUUGCUGAAUUGAGGCCAAAUAAUUCAAUAUCGUUAGGAAAAUUUGGUGCAUUUUAUAUUAAUGAUAUUAUUGGAUAUCCAUUAGGUAGCAGGUUUGAAAUUAACUAUGAAGUUAAGGAAGGCGAAGAGGGAUUUGCUGAAGAUUCUAAAGAAAAAAAGAAACCAAAGCAUAUGCAAAAGAAAAUACCAAUUGGUAAAGCUAAAUUAAUGAUUGAAACUCCAGCAAUUAAUGAGACUAGUGAUGAUAAUGAAGAUAGAUCUGAUAGCAUUGGCACCAUAGCGGAUGAACUAGAAUAUGAAAAUAGUUUAAACAAUAAAAAUCUUAAUAUUAAAGGUAAUCCAAGCGAGAUUCAGGAAUUAAGUAUGGCUGAGAUCGAAGAAAUGAAAAAACAGUAUGCCAAUACCAAUAGUCAAGAUAUUAUUAAUAAAAUCAUUCAAUCACAUAAAGAAUUUAAUUUGAAGACCAAAUAUUCUCAAUUAAAAUAUUUAAAUCGUAAGAAAUCUAAAUUUUCUAAAGAAUUUAUUGUUCAUAAAAUGACUGGUAGAUUAUUGUUAAAUUACUUAAUAGAUAAAGGUGAUAUUCAAAGAAUCAUGGAUAUGUCUGAAGAAAGUAUUGGUAUGAUUUUAAACUAUGGGAAUGUUAAAUCUAAUGGUAAAUAUCUCGUUAUUGAUGAGACUGGUGGUCUUUUAGUAUAUUUUAUGAUGGAAAGAAUGUUUGGUCAUGUUACAGAAAAUGACAUGGAAAAUAAAAAAUUUGAAGGUGAAAUUAUUGUUAUCCAUGAAAAUGAACACGUAAACUUGGAUUUAUUAAAAUUCUCCAAUUAUAGUGAGAAAUUUAUUAAAAAACAUAUUAAAAGUAUUUCCAUACUAGAUUUCUUUGAACCACCUACUGAAGAAGAAAUAAAUAAUGGUUUUACAAAAUUGACCAGAGAAGAAUUAAGUAAAUUGAGUAAUGGUGAAAGAAAUGUUUAUCAAAGACGUAUUAAGGGGUACUAUAAACAGUGUCAGAUUGUUGAAUUGACUAAAAAUGACCGUAAAUAUGAUGGUCUUAUAGUAGCCAGUACUUUGCAACUGACUCAAUUAAUACCUAGAUUAGGACCUAAGAUUCAUGGUAGUAGAAGUAUCAUCUGUUACAGUCAAUUUAAGGAAAUUCUACUGGAACUAUCGCAUGAAUUAUAUUCUGAUUUGAAUUAUCUGGCACCAACGUUAAUGGAAACUAGGUGUAGACCAUAUCAAAGUGUUCGUGGUAAAUUGCAUCCUCUAAUGACUAUGAGAGGUGGUGGUGGUUAUUUGAUGUGGAGUCUAAAAGUAGAACCUGCCCCACCAAUUCCAAGCAUUGAAAUUGAACCAAAAGAAGACAUAUCAGAAACCAAGAAUGAAGAAACUGAAGCUGAAACUAAGAAACAAAAAAUAUAA